AUGAAGCCUGUGCCUUUAAUGAAGAAAAGCGACAUGUCGGCUUUAGAGGUGAGUAAAUCAUUGCAGACUCACUCCCCCUCUCCUAAAGUAAAACCAUGGCUUAUUUCACCACUGGUUUCAUUCCCUGAAACAUCAGUGGCAGUGGCUCCCUCCCACCCUUCUACCCGUUCUCGCACUACCCUGGUGGUGGAGUCACAUCCACAACAACCGCAAUGGAGGGGGGAGUUCAGUCACUCUGAGCGCUCAUCACGCUCGGGGUGGCUUUUGGGGUCUCCCGCAAGUGGCCCAGUGUGCCUAGAACAGCGGACACAUGAUAGAGUGGCCCGAUUGCUCACUUAUCAAAGUGAUCAGGCUGCUGAUAGUGGGAAUGGUCAU